AUGGCUAAUACAAACCAAGAAUCAAACACAACUGUCAACAAAUUAUCAAAUAAUGUCAAACCAUUCCAUGAUACAUUUGAUAUUAUUGAUGAAACAAAUGAUGGACUUCAAUUUUCAAAAGAUAUAUUAAAUCAAUAUUUCUUAUCGGGUCAAUUAAAAUCAAUGAUAUAUGAAGAAGAAAUUAUUCAAUAUGAUAUUUUCAAAGAUUCCGAUUAUGUUGAAUUGAACGAAGAAGGAGAACAACAAGAUGUUGAGUCUAUUUUAUCACAAAAAUUAAGUCAAUUAUCAACAGCAGAUCAAAAUGAAAUCAAUUCAUUAAAUCCUAGUGAUAAAAAACGACGUUCAAAUUUUCUAGCUAGUCCAAAUCCAAAUUCAAAGAAAAUGAAAAUGGCUAAUUAUGAUAGUGAUGAAGAUUUUGAUAUUAAUGAUAAUUCUACAAAACAAAAUGAAAUACCAAAUUAUUUAUCACUGGAUAAUAAAACAUUUGUUCGUAAAAUAAAAAAUAUACUAAAAAAUGUUCAAUCUAUUAGUAUAAAUGAUAUACAAAAAUUGGCUUUAUUAAUGCAUCAAAUUGCUGAUCUUCGUUUCGAAAAAGAAAUGACAACUAUCUAUUUACAAUCCGUAACAGGUACAUUAAUGGAACCAGAAAAUGAUUUAAUAGAAGUUGAUCGACGAGUUUGGCCAAUGCAAGUUCAAUCACUUAUGUUAACAAAGAAAAAAGGUCAAGCAGCGGCAGCAACAACAACAACAACAACCGAAACAAAUCCAGAUAAGCAACAAGCUGAUUGUGAAAAGCUACUUCGUGAACGUUUAGAAGAUUUUAAUUUAAAAAUUGAUCUUGCUGAACAAGAAUUAAUUCAAAAGAAGAAUUUUUUACUUGAAUUUACAUACGAGAUGGAUGCAGCACUAGAAAUCUAUGUACAAGAAUAUGGAAUUAAACCACUUGAAAUGAAACAUCAAUUGAAAAAAGCAACUAUUAUGUAUAAUUAUGAAAACGAAAUAAUUGAACGAAAAUAUUUACAAGAAAAUCCAAACCAAUAUCAAAAAGAAAUUAUUAAACGUGUUGUUAAUUUGAGACGAGAUUUAGAAAAAUCAAAACGAGCAUUACUCGAAUUAAAACAAGGUGUUGUCUAUAAUAAAUCAUCUAUAUCGUUCGAUUCUAUUCAAAUAUCAAUACCAACUCAAAAUGAUACUACUAUUAAGAAGGGCAAUGUGCAACAACAGCAACAACAAUUAUUGAAUCAAUAUGAAAAAGAAAUUCGAAAUAAAAAACUUGAUUUAUUAGUUCAACAUAUAUUAGAAGCUGAACAGAUUUAUUAUCGAUUUCAAAAUCUAUUUGAUUAUGAAUUAUCUAAAAUGUGGCAAAAUCAUCGUAAUCUUGUUAAAGAUCAAGGAAUGACUACAACAUUAAUUAAUUUACUUGAACAACGUUUCAAUAAUAUUACUAAUCGUUGGAGAGAUAUUUAUAAUCAUAGAAUUGAUUUUUUUCUUCGAAAUUCUUAUGAUGAAUUAAAUUAUAUAAAUAUGAAUCAAAGUGAACAAACAAUGAAAAUGAUUGGAGGUUCAUCUUCUCUUUUUAUUGAUACAACACAUCAAUUCUCAGAUAAACAAUUACAAUUAUUAAACCGUGGACCAAGUUAUGUACCACCAUGUUUAAUGUAUAUUUUAUUUUCAAAUGAAUCUAUGGAUGAUAUUGUCAAGAAACAAUUUGCACCAUUCAAACAUCAAUUAAUGACUCUUUUUCAAAAAUAUAAUAUUCAUUUUCCUUUACAAAUGGAAAUUCAAGAUAAAACUUAUCAAGAAUUUAAAAAUCAUUUUACCAAACCAAUACCAUCAAAUCUUUAUCAACGGGCUCUCUAUGAAAAAAAUUUAAUUCAAUCAAUUCAAAAUUCUUUAAAGAAAAAUAAUCUUAUUCUACGACGAACUGCUAACAAUAUGAAUACAUUCUAUGUAGGCAACAUUCAAGAUUUCGAAACAAAAGCUGAUCGAUAUUUAACAAGAUCGGAAGAUUAUGAAGUUUUAAUGAACAUCAACGAUGAAACAAAUGAAAAAACACUAGAUCUAUCAAUAAAAGAAAUGAUUGACUCAAUGAAUUCUUUAUUAGAAAAAUUAAAAGCACAUAAAGCUAUUAAAGAUGAUUUAUAUAAACAAUUAGUUGCUGAUUCAAAUAAAAUAAAAUUACCACAUUUAUAUUUCUUACCAAAUAUUUCCAAUGAAAAUGAUAUUUCUUUAGUACCUAUUAUUACAUCACGAUUUAGUGCAACAUGGAAAAUUGGCAAAUAUUUAAAUCAAUUAUUACAACCAUUUGCUAAUAAAAUUCUACAUUCAACGACAUUUGUUGAUGAAACUGAUUUUAUUCGAAAAUUAAAUCAUUAUGCUAAUACAGAACGUCGUCUUCGUUCAACAACACUUUUUUGUACAAUUAAAAUAACAAAUUUUUAUACAUUAGAUGAACAUAAAAAUAUGAUUGAUGUUAUUGGUUAUUUUUUACAGGAUAAUACAGCAGCAAACAAACUUGAAUCAUUAACAAUUCAAACUAUUAAAAAUCUCUUAUAUGUAUUUCUUUAUAAUAAUAUCUUUUUGUACAAGGAUAAUAUCUAUAAAUGUACAAAAGGUAGUCCAAAUACAAUGGCAUUAACAGAAACAUUAUCAAAUAUUUAUUUAUUUGUAUGGCAAAAGAAAAUAUGGAAGCAAAUUGAUCGAAAUAUAGAAUUUUUUGGAAGAUAUAAAGAUCAACUAUUUUUUACAUGGAACAAAUCAAGUGCUCUCGAACUUGAAACAUUUCUAGAAAACAUUCGAGAACAACAUUGGAAUGUACGUUUUCAAAAAUUUAUUGGUACAAAUGUCGAAUUUUUAAAUGCUUCUAUCGAAAAUCGACAAGGUCAAUUAUAUACUCGUGUACAUUAUGAUUCGAAUAUGCCACGUUAUACAUUACCAUAUCUCUUGGGUCAUUCCAAAUCAGCUCAUAGUGAUUGGUUACGAACAGCUUUAAUUCGUGCUGUAUGUUACUGUACAUCAGUUGAUGAUUUUCAACAGGAACGAAUUGCUCUUGAAUUAACUUAUCUUAUUAGUGGUUAUUCAUUAUUAUUUGUUGAAACUCAUGUCAAACAUUUUUUCAAUUAUUUUCAUGCUCAAACUGUGCGAUACUCAAGAAAUCAAAGUACAUAUGAUAAAUUUCGUCAACAAUGGUUUAAAUUCGUCGAACAACGAUAUGAACUUAUAGAGCAACUUGAAAAAUUUAAUAAUAAUGGUCGUUUAAUUCAAUUCAAUUACAUUUAUGAUUUUGGUCCAAGAUGUCGAUUCAAUCGAGAAUUUUAUAAACUUUGGAUUCAUUAUUUUGAAAAACAUCCAAUUCUAUCAGAAGAAAACUCCAAAAUUAUCCUAACAACUAAACAUUUUCAUUCAUUAAAUACUUUAUUAGCAGUAGACAAAUCACCUACUAUUACAGGUCAACAAUAA